AUGGCGCGCUACGCCUUCCAGGAUGGGGUUCAUGUGGGCCUUCCUGCGCUUGACUGGAGAGGUAGCAGGAAAUGGCUACUGAUCUAUCCCAGUGGCCAAGAUAUCAGUGUCAACGCUAAUAUUUCUGAUAAUGACGAUGAGUACAGAAAGCACACUGUACUACCAAUAAUUACUCGGAAGCUCUUUGCUCGCUGUGAACGACAUUUUCAUCAGAAGGAAACAGAAUACAGGACAGUACGCAAUACAACACCGAUAAACACAAAGUGUCUGGAGGGAUAUCGAGGUGGGACACAGGACUGCAUCGCCUGCACUGAUGUGCAUUCGCGAGCAACCUGUUUGGAAGCUGUUUCCACCAAACAGAGACGAUCCAUGAAACAGAGACCCACGGUAUCACCAAUGAAGUCGCACCCUAGCUGGCAUCAAAACAAGCAAGUGGAAUUCAUCCACACACUCGGUCGACAAGCUAGCCGAUCUGCAGUUGUGAGUUCUAGCCAUAGUUCAGUCCAACGCCAUGAGAUCACCGUUACGGUCACCUCCAGGAUAAUCAUGCACGGUCCCUGGUCGUCCUCGAAUCUAUGUUACUCAAAGCUCUUGAAAUAUGGAUACUGGGCGAAUAGGUUCAUUGCAGAAUUCGAGUGA